UCUGCUCUGACCUGUGGCCUCACGUCGGACUGGGAGAGGGGAAUUCUUGCGUGUAAAGUCCAGCAGGUGGAAGGUCCCGGGGCUGGGACACCUGGGUCCCUCGGCAGCGUCCGCAGACAUGACCGGGGCUGGCGGGGGCCUCCGGGCCUGGGGGAGCCUGCUGCUGCUGGGCCUGUGCAGCUGGACAGGGGCCAGGGUGGCUGCCUCCAGCACCAUCAGCAACCUGACUGUGCAGAAUCAGACCAGCAGCUCCAUCACCCUGAGCUGGAAGGUGCCUGAAGGCUCUGAGCCUGAGAACUACUGUGUCCAGUGGACUGGUGAUGGUAAUGCAACUGUGUCUCAAAACACAACAAAUACCACCAUCACAGUGAAAGGACUUGAAGCCGGGACGUUGUACGAAUUCUCUGUGUACGCAGUAGAGGAUGGAUUCAAUAGCUCGGUGCGUCUCAAGGCCAGCACAGCUCCCAGCGAGGUUACGGCCCUGCAGAAGCAAAAUCAGACCAACAGCUCCAUCACCCUGCAGUGGGAAGCCCCUGCAGACCCACAGCCCCAGUUCUAUGUAUACUGGGUCCAUUGGGCCAGCAGAGGACAUCCCCAGAGGAAGCGAGGUCCCCAAGGACACCAGGACAACCAGACAGGCAGCACCAACAGGACUCACUAUAUGGUGGAGGCGCUGGCACCCGGGACUUGGUACUGCUUCAACGUGUGGGCCGAGAGCUAUGGUGUACACGGUUACAAACAGAGCCUCAAUGCGUCCACGGCCCCAGAUCCUGCCAACAUCACCUCCUGUGUCAUCACCUCUGGGGGCCACGAGGUCAUCCUGGCCUGGUCCUGCCCCCAGGGAGGCUACGAGGCCUUUGAACUGGAGGUCGAGGGGCAGCCGGGCCCCCAGAACAGGUCCUCCUGCGGGGAUGCUGUGAAGGUGUCGUUACUCAGGCCGGCUCAGUCCUACUCAGCCACAGUCACGACCGUCUGGGAUGAAAUGAGGGCCCCAUCUGCCUCGGUAGCCUGCCACGCAGAGAGCAGGCACGCGGGGGUCAUCGCCGGAGCUGUGGUCAGCGUCCUCCUGUUACUCGUCCUGGUGGGCCUGCUGCUCUUCUUCCUGAAGAGGAGGCAUAGAAAGAGGGAGAAGAAACCUGCACCCAAGGAUCUGGAGAUCAGGUUCCCAGGGGACAUCCUGGCGGAAGACUUUGCCGAGCACGUCUGGAGAAACCAGAGGGACAGCAACUAUGGCUUUGCCGAGGAGUACCAGCAACUGGCCCUGGAGGACCACGGCCAGUCCCAGACGGUGGCCUCAGCCCUGGAGAACAGCGCCAAGAACCGCUACAGGAACGUGCUGCCCUACGACUGGUCCCGCGUGCCCCUGCAGGCCCUCCUCGGACAGCCGGGCUCCGAGUACAUCAACGCCAGCUUCAUCCCCGGCCUCUGGAGCCCCCGGGAGUUCAUUGCGGCUCAGGGUCCCCUGCCGCAGACCGUGGGAGACUUCUGGCGCAUGGUCUGGGAGCAGCAGAGCCACACCCUGGUCAUGCUGACCAACUGCGUGGAGUCCGGCCGGGUGAAGUGUGAGCAUUACUGGCCUCUGGACGCCCAGCCCUUCACCCACGGGCACCUGCAGGUGACGCUGGUGGGGGAGGAGGUGGCGGAGAACUGGGCGGUCCGGAACCUGAAGCUACGCCAUGUGCAACAGCAGAAGACUUUGACGGUGCGUCAGUUCCACUACAUGACCUGGCCAGACCACGGCGUGCCCCACUCCCCAGACCCCUUGCUGGCCUUCUGGAGAAUGCUCCGGCAGUGGCUGGACCGGACGGUGGGGGGCGGGCCUCCGAUCGUGCACUGCAGCGCUGGUGUGGGCCGCACGGGCACCCUCAUUGCUCUGGAUGUGCUGCUGCGGCAGCUGGAGUGCGAGGGUCUUGUGGGGCCCUUUGGCUACGUGAAGAAGAUGCGAGAGAGCCGCCCACUGAUGGUGCAGACCGAGGCCCAGUACGUGUUCCUGCACCAGUGCAUCCUUCAGUUUCUGCAACAGUCAGCCACAGUGCGGGCUCAGAAGGGGGCCACCUACGAGAACCUGCUGAUGGAGAAUGGAGCUGCUACAGAGGCCUAAGCUGUGGGAGAGCUGAGACCCCUGCCCUUCUAGACACAGACUCUGCACCCCUGCUUCAGCCCAGAUGCCUGGGCCCCUGGGACAGCUGAGGGUUGGGGUCCCAGACUCCCGGGCCCUCAAGGAAGAGAGGGGACCAGCAGCCUAGAUUCCUACUUUCUGGAGAGGGGUCGAGCCCGGAUCCUGGAUUUCCAGUUCCUUGCAGAAGGAGAGGGAUGGGGUCCAGGAGUCUCUGGCUUUUGUUUGAGGGAGGAGGAGAAGGUAGGGUCUCAAGGAAACAAGCUGAACUCUGAGGAAGAAAGGAAGUAAUGAGGCUCCAGAAUUCUGGCCACCUUAGGAACAAGGGUGGGCAGGGACCUGCCCACCUUUUACUCCAGAAACCAAAUCAGUCUUCAAGAAUCUGAUGUUUUCCCUUACCCUGCCGCCUGUACAUAUUUUUUUCUUUUAUCCCAUAACUUAUUAAAUCACUAUUUUCCCCAGA